GUCUAAACCACGGCCAAAAGACGCGCUCUCCACUUCCCCAGGUGCAUCCUCCAGCAGACAAUGCCGCGCUUCCUGUAGACCAUUUCGAAAAAAAAAAUGAACUUGGGCGGAGGCGCGACCGAAGUUAUGCCUACGGUCCAGGAGGACUCGUGGGCCAACGGCUCCGGUAUCCUCUCGUCAACCGGCUCGCUGCAGGCCUCGCGGCACCAGACCUCACACAUCGCAAAGACGUACCGACAGGCGGCCAACUUGUACCUCACGCGCCGCUUACCGGAGGCGCUGUCUACAAUCGAGGCCGUGAUCACGCCUCAGCAUUCGGAGCAUGGGAACGGCAACUCGCAUGCACUGGCACCCAUAGCUUCGGCAAGCCGGGGCACGAGGAUCAAAGUCUGGAGCUUCUACCUGACUUUCCUAAACUCCGUCGUCGAGCUUGGCCCCGAGGAGGGAAAGCACGCCUUUGGAAGCGUGAGAUGGAAGCAGCUGGUGAACAAGGCGCGUGAUGGAACAGUGUGGGAGGACAUUGUCCGAGACGGCUACGGAGGCAACGAGGGUGCUGUUGACGCCGACGUUGUCAUCAACUUAGCCACCUUGCUGCUGACCCAUUCGCCAUCGCAAAAGCUUAAUCAGCAGCGUCUCGAGGCCUACUUCGCGGCCAUCUCACAGCCCUCCUUUGACAUAGCGGCACACUUCUCAACGCCAGCUCGAGGCUUCACCCGUCGACCUAGCGGUGCAUCUGGUACGAACACGCCACGAGAUCUCCAAUCCAAUGUCAAGCUGCUUGAGCUGUACACCUUGCACGUCCUUCCUCGGAACGGCGAGUGGGACUACGCGCGCGAGUUCAUUCUCAUGUCCGAAGUGCUCGACGAGGAACGCAAGGAAGCCUUUCUGCAAGCCUUGCAAGGUCUGAAGGACGAGCAGGAGAAUGCCGAGAAGAGAGAGAGGGAGCUCCAAAAACAGCAGAGGGAACAACUGGAAGAGCAGCGACGACUGCAAGAGGAACAACGCAUAGCAGAGGCAAAGCGCGCCGAAGAGGAAGCGAGACGCCGGGAAGAAGCUAGGAAAUACCCCCAGCGACCGCCCGACGCUGCAUCGCCCACCGGAGUCGCCAGCUCGAGCACCCGACCUGUUCCCCAAAGCCCUUCUGGCCCUCGCUCAAGACCGUCGGCUGCGAUCCCCAGCAAGAAGAAUCAGGUCGCCCGACAGCGAAACGACAACACCGCGCCCCCGCAGCAGACGCUGUACAAACGCGCCGCUGCCAUCCUAUCCAACAUCCAAGCCGUGAUAUUCAACAUGGGCCAAGGGCUUGCAAACAACCCAAUGGCUCUCAUGCGCAUGCUUCUCUUCCUGCUCAUGUUCGCGCUUGCAUUCGGCCGGCGCGACAUCAGGGAGAGGCUGAAGCGGGCCCUCGGAAAGUCCUGGGACAAGAUCGCGGCCACCGUCGGCAUGGGCACGAAGGUGUCAUAUAUCUGAGCGCGCGCUCUAGGAAAGUCCGACCUCUCGUAUGUAUGACUAUGAAUACGAAGCUGAAAGCAAUGUUUGCAUUUCGAACGGCGUUAUUUUUUUUGGUUUUUGUUCUUUAAUGGAGGUGGGGAAAGGAUCUUUGGGAGACGUUGGAAAGUAUUAAAAAAACUCUCCCGUGCUUUGCAUUGUAAAAGACUGAGAGUCUCGUCACUGCCUAACACUCCGGGCCCCCAAACUACGAGGGACGACUGUGUCUGAUGUAGCAUAAUCAACGGCUAGUGCUAUUUUCACACAUCCACACCAUGUAAUGCAGCGCUAAUCUUCAAUCAACACAAUCCCGCAGUUAUUCAAGGC